UCCCUGCGCAGGGUUUUCCACCAACUCCACUACGUCAUCCUGAUGAUGAAAAAAGGCAACCGAGAGAAGCCCACCCCACUCGUACCCAGCCCGGCCAUCCUCUCCACCCGCGACCACGCCGUCCACUUUAUUUGUCAUCUUGUGGAGGACCUAAAAGAGCUGGCGCGGCCUUUCCUGCAAAUCCUCCUGCAGCACAUCUGCUUUCAGAUGGUGGAGAAGAGUGAGAUAAGGAGCCAUGGAGCCCAGGCUGUGGGCAUGUUGAUCACACAGAUGACAAGUGCAGACUACGCCCGCUUCAUCAAGUGGCUGUUUAACUUCUCAAGAAAAGCAAAGGUGGCGGGUCGGCUGUUUUCCAUAGACGUGGUGAUGGUUUUGCUGGAGCAGCCAGAGAGGAAGACGGAGGAGUGUCAGGACCUGGAGCUCCAGUGCUUUCUGCCACACAGGUUCCUGAUCCAGAGUCUGCUGUUCGCUCGGCGGACGGAUGACUCGCCAACGGUUCAAGGACACUCCCUUGCCUGCCUGGCCCAGUGUCUGGAGCUGCCUUCCCCUAAUGUCACCCGGGCCGUCCACAACCUCUUCUCUGCCACUGGAGCCCAGACAGUGCUGGAAGGUGAAAUCACAGAAGGAAGUUCCCAGGCAACUCAGAAAACGUUCCGCACUCUGCCGUUCAGGACUGUGGAGUUCAGCAGCACUGAACCCUCCGACUGUGAGGCAAGAGAGAACCUCGCUCUUCUCCUGCGGCGCGUGAAACACUCAAAAGUUAACGUGAGGAAAUCGGCACUGCAGGCCCUGGUGGGUCUGCUGAAACACAACGUGGUCCCCAUGAUCUGGGAGAACCUGGAGAAGCUAUCGGAGUGCUGCAGAGACCCGGCUGUGUCCGUGAAGAAGAAGGCCCUGUCCUGUGUGGGAGAGCUGCUCGCUGCUAAGCCAGAGUGCACCGUGGUGCAGAAGGCGUGGCUGCAGGGCGUGCUGCCGGCUGUGAUGGACGCUGAAAGCUCGGUGCAGGACAAGGCCCUGGAGGCUCUGGACCAGGUGGUGCUCUGCUCAAUCAAAGCGUACUUUGCCGGCCGUCACCUGGAUGCGGGUCAGAGGCUGACCUGGGACCUGCUGACCCUGCUCUGUAACGAGUGCAAGAACCUCAG